AAUCUUUAGGCUCUCAUGGGGAACAUCAAUGUGAUUCCAAGAGCAGGCUUUGGGAUCAGGGUCUCAGGACCAGGUGGAAGAACCUGGGUCUGCCCAUGUAGCUGAAGGGCCCCCAUGCUGGGACCAGAGGAUGUCCGUGCCCUGACUCUUACCAUCACUGGCUUUCCAGAUGAAGAAGCUGGAGGAGGACCUUAAAAAGCUGAGGGAGGAUGCAGCCAAGUGGAAAGAAGAGAGCAAGAAGGAGAUCUCUCAGCAAAUUGAGGCUUUGCGUCAGGACACAAAACGUGAGCUGCAGAAGAUGGGAGAGCAGCAGGAGAGGAGGAAUGCCAUGCUGGAGGAGAUGGUGACUCAGACAGCCGACCAGCUGAACGAGCAGGAUCAGGAGCUGCGCCAGCACAUGGAAGCCAAGUUUCUGCAGAUUCAAAAAGACUACGAGAAACUCAGCUUAGCCUCAGGGAUCCUCCAGAAGGACUCUCAACAAAAGCAGAAAGAAAUCACGAUGCUGUUCCAGUCUCUGGAGAAGCUUCAGAAGGAGAAGGCAAAUGAGCAGGACGUGAUGGAAGCAAUGGACAUGAAGGCGGACAAAGCUGCCUUGGGCAGCAAAGUCAAUUGCAGCCAAUUUGAAGAGAACAUGGAAGAGCUGGAUGAGAGGAUGCAGGAGUUGCAGAGCCAGAUUUCAGGCCAGGAGGAGCACUGGAACAAUAUGCAGCGUCAGUUCCGCGAUGCAAUUGAAGAGAAGCUGGAUCGCCUGGAGCUGAAGGCUUUCCGUAAGCACCUGGACGAGGCCUGGAACAGGAAUAUUGAGGAACUUGAGAACAGGCUGUUGCGUGAAAACGCUGCUGGGAUUAAGAAGUGAGUGUGAUGGAGAUU